GUUAAAAUGAUAGUAUGGGAAUACUUAUCUUUUAGGAAAGGGACCUACAUGUGAAUAAUACUCAGUAAUAAACCCAUGCCCAGCUUUUCCUCCUUUACAGGCUGGAAAGAGGACAUCCGUCCCUGGUGAUGGGUAAUGCCCAGCUUUUUCUCCUUUACAGACUGGAAAGAAGACAUCCAACCCUGUUAUGACGCGGAGCGGUGCUGCUGGGUUUUGCCGGUGUUGGUAGCCACGACAGAGGACGGCUCGCCGGAACAAAGGAGUGAACGGUGGCCGGUGUUGGGGUCGGGCAACCAGGUAUACUCCAUCCGUCUAAAGGCUGGACUCCAAUUGAAGAUUAUCGGACAACGACCCAAAGAAGACGCCGACCAUUUGAGAGGGUGCCGUAGGUGGCGACGGAGCUGGAGCUAUUACGCCGUGGCUGGAGCUCGGCUCGUCCGUCUCCUUCCUAAAUCUGGCACGCCACGGCCCCAAAUUCAAGUGGUUUCUCCUAGAUCUUAAAAUUGAGGCUUCCGGCAAAAGUGGGAGUAACUGAAGGGGUCCGAGGUGGCGGCGACUAAGCAGCGGCGGUUGGUGGCCAGACUGAGCGACAGCUGCGACCGUCCAUCGCGGUCCUGGGGACCGAGCGAUUAAAAUUGCCGGAAGAAUCGGCGCUGCAUCCGGCACUUCAGAAAAAAUGACCGAAUUGCAGCAGCACUGGGAUGAAUCUGAAUUUUGGCCAUGCUUCUUCUCCACAGAGAAAAGUGGAUCUAGGAAAAAAGUGGAUCAAGGAAAUCCACUUCGUCGGUGAAGUCCCCACUGCGCAGAGAAGAAAUCUGCCGUCUCCACCCCUUUUUUUUGGUAAAUCUGAAAAAUGAUGUUAGAAUCAAAAGAAAAAUUUUGAGAGCACCCUUGAUGGAAUCCAAGGGUAGAGGAAAAGGAGAAAAUGUGUAAAGAUGAAGAAGAUGAUGAAUAGUGUAGCCUCCAUUGUUUCCUCCCCUCCCUCUUCCUAGAAGAGGGGUAUAAAUAGGGAGAGUUAGG